AUGGUGAAAGGAAUAAAGAAAAGUUUAUACCUGCUGUUGGUGCUACUGCUGAGCUAUACGUACGUACAAGCAGCGUACUUUUACGUGAAGGAAGGGGUCGAUAAAUGCUUCGUAGAGAGCGCCGCAAGCAAUGUCAUCAUAACGUCGUCCUAUGACAAUUUUGGAUUAAAAGGCAAGGAUGCUUCUGCACACAAAUGGAAACUAAAAUGCCUUAUCGUUAUAAAGAACCAGCAGGGAAAAGUCUUGUAUUCCCAUGAGACGUCUGAAAUUAGUAAAGGCAAAGUAUCCUACAUGACGAAGAAGAAUGGGCUGUAUUAUAUUUGCAUCUCUUGCCCGUCUUCCAACUGGUUUAAAAGCACGUCCAUCAAAUGGAGCCUAUCCAUAGAGGUUGGAGGGUCAGAUGUGGAUAUCGAAAAUGUUGCCAAAAAGUCCGAGCUGAGUGAGACAUUAUCUAUUUUGCUGAAUCUGAAAAAGAAAUUCACCUCCAUGAAGUUGCAGCAGAUAUAUCAGAAGCAAAUGGCGACGAACCUGUACGAACACAACAAAUCGGUGCAUAACAAGAUGUUCUACUGUUAUAUACUCGAAAUUAUAAUACUUGUGGCAAUUACCGUUUAUUCUAUUGUGCAUUUAAAAAAUUACUUCAAGGCCCAAAAAUUGAUGUAG